GCUGACCGGCUCUGCUAGUCUGAUGCUGCCUUGUUUGAAGGAGAGGCCAAGACCCUGUCUGGAAAUGAGAGAGGAGGACUAGGGGCACCAUGGGCUCCCCCCGUGCUACCUACCAGAGCCGCAGAGACGGGUUCCUGAAGAUGCUGACAAGACUGCAAGUUCUCACCUUGGCUUUGAUUUCAAAGGGAUUUUUACUCUGUUUAGGGGACCAUAACUUUCAGAGGAAGGAGAUUAAAAUAGAAGGUGACCUUGUUUUGGGGGGCCUGUUUCCUAUUAAUGAGAAAGGCACUGGGACUGAAGAUUGUGGGCGAAUCAAUGAAGACCGGGGUAUCCAGCGCCUGGAGGCCAUGCUGUUUGCAAUUGAUGAGAUCAACAAGGACAAUUACUUGCUUCCCGGAGUGAAGCUGGGUGUCCACAUUCUGGAUACAUGCUCGAGGGACACCUAUGCCCUGGAACAAUCCCUGGAGUUUGUCAGGGCCUCGCUGACCAAGGUGGAUGAAGCCGAGUACAUGUGUCCCGACGGAUCCUACGCCAUCCAGGAAAACCUCCCUCUGCUCAUCGCAGGUGUCAUCGGUGGCUCUUACAGCAGUGUCUCCAUACAGGUGGCCAACCUGCUGCGACUCUUCCGCAUCCCCCAGGUGAGCUACGCCUCUACCAGCGCCAAGCUCAGCGACAAGUCCCGCUACGACUACUUCGCGCGCACCGUGCCGCCCGACUUCUACCAGGCCAAGGCGAUGGCCGAGAUCCUGCGCUUCUUCAACUGGACCUACGUGUCCACCGUGGCGUCGGAGGGCGACUACGGCGAGACAGGCAUGGAGGCUUUCGAGCAGGAGGCGCGGCGCCGGCGCAUCUGCGUGGCGGCGGCCGAGAAGCGCCGCCUGCCGCAGUUCGACCGCUACUUCCAGGCGCUCUCGCCCGCCACCAACCUGCGCAACCCCUGGUUCCGCGACUUCUGGGAGCAGAAGUUCCAGUGCAGCCUGCGGGGCGGCCCGCUGCGCGCGUGCUCCGAGCACCUGGCCCUGGACAGCAGCAACUACGAGCAGGAGUCCAAGAUCAUGUUCGUGGUGAACGCCGUGUACGCCAUGGCACACGCCCUGCACCGCAUGCAGCGCGCGCUGUGCCCCAACACCACCAAGCUGUGCGACGCCAUGAAGGUGCUGGACGGCCGGAAGCUGUACCGCGACUUCCUGCUCAAGAUCAACUUCACAGCUCCUUUUGUCCCAAAUAAAGAUGAAGACAGCAUCGUCAAGUUUGACACUUUUGGAGAUGGAAUGGGGCGAUACAACGUGUUCAAUUUCCAGGACAUAGGUGGAAAAUACUCAUACCUGAAGGUGGGCCACUGGGCCGAGACCUUGUCCCUGGAUGUUGAUUCCAUCCACUGGGCCCACAACUCAGUCCCCACGUCCCAGUGCAGCGACCCCUGUGCACCCAAUGAAAUGAAGAGCAUGCAGCCCGGUGACGUCUGCUGCUGGAUCUGCAUCCCCUGUGAGAACUACGAGUACCUGGCCGAUGAGUUCACCUGCAUGGACUGUGGGCCUGGGCGCUGGCCCUCGGCUGACCUGUCGGGCUGCUUUGAUCUUCCUGAGGACUACAUCAAGUGGGAAGAUGCCUGGGCCAUCGGCCCCGUCACCAUCGCCUGCCUGGGCUUCCUGUGCACCUGUGUGGUCAUAACGGUGUUUAUCAAGCACAACAACACGCCCUUGGUCAAGGCCUCUGGCCGCGAGCUCUGCUACAUCCUGCUGUUUGGGGUCAGCCUGUCCUACUGCAUGACGUUCUUCUUCAUCGCCAAGCCGUCGCCCAUCAUCUGCGCCCUGCGCCGGCUGGGGCUGGGGACCUCCUUUGCCAUCUGUUACUCUGCCCUGCUGACCAAGACAAACUGCAUCGCCCGCAUCUUCGACGGGGUCAAGAACGGUGCACAGAGGCCGAAAUUCAUCAGCCCCAGCUCUCAGGUCUUCAUCUGCCUGGGGCUCGUUCUGGUGCAAGUCGUGGUGGUGUCUGUGUGGCUGGUGCUUGAGGCCCCUGGCACCAGGAGGUACACCCUCCCCGAGAAGCGCGAGACUGUCAUCCUGAAGUGCAACGUGCGGGACUCCAGCAUGCUGAUCUCUCUGGCCUACGACGUGGUCCUGGUCAUCCUGUGCACGGUGUACGCCUUCAAGACGAGGAAGUGCCCCGAGAACUUCAACGAGGCCAAGUUCAUCGGCUUCACCAUGUACACCACCUGCAUCAUCUGGCUGGCAUUCCUGCCCAUCUUCUACGUGACCUCGAGCGACUACAGAGUGCAGACGACGACCAUGUGCAUCUCCGUGAGCCUGAGUGGCUUUGUGGUCCUGGGCUGUUUGUUUGCUCCCAAGGUGCACAUCGUGCUGUUCCAGCCCCAGAAGAACGUGGUCACACACAGGCUGCACCUCAACAGGUUCAGUGUCAGCGGGACCGGGACCACUUACUCUCAGGCCUCCGCAAGCACGUAUGUCCCCACGGUGUGCAACGGCCGCGAGGUCCUGGACUCUACCACCUCCUCUCUGUGACUGCCAGACUGUUAGAUGCGUGCUCACGUGCAGCUCCAGAACAUGAGACAGACAAAGGACCCUAGGACCGUUUUUU